AUGUCUUGCGACCAGACCGAAAGUGUCAUCAAGAAAAUCAUUCGCGAGAUCGGGCGAGAAUGCGCCGCCCAGGGACAAACCGUUUCGGAAACCUUGGUGGCGUUCAUGGUGAAAGCUGUCCUUUUAGAUCCAAGAAAUGACUUUAAUGUGGAUCGACUCCUUGCAGAAAAAGAUGUGCAAAAUCUUAUCCAGCUCUGUGUUACCAGGCUGCUUGACACAAGAAACCCAUCCCUGAACACAAUUAAGAUGCAAGUUUACUUUGAUAUGAACUAUGCAAACCGAGCUGAAUUACUCAGUGAGCAGCACCGUGUUCUGGAGGGAAGGCUGGCUCCUGUGGUCAGAGAUAUCACAGAUAGUCGUCCGCGUGUGCAAGAAGAAAUGGAGAAUGUGUAUCGAAAGAUCGUUAGCUAUGUGCUGCUGAGCUCUGGCCUGGGAUGCCCAACAGAUAUUGAGGUUGUCAGGGAGGUAACAGCUGCCUUGCAGAGUGUAUUCCCCCAGACGGAGCUGGUUACUUUCAUCUCACUCAGUAAGAAGAACAAAGAGCAACAGCUGAAAAAUCUUGCCAUGCUAGCCACAGGAAUUUGGUUGUACAACAAGGAAUGUGGGAAAGGAGGAAGCAGCAUUGGUGACUUGCCAGCCAUUCUGAGUGAAGCCAUUCCAUCAGCUACACGGACUGUUGAUGAACGUCUUGAUACUUGCCAUAUGCUAGCCCACCGGUACAUAGCUCUGUUGGAAUCCAUGCAGGAAGACCAACAGAGAUAUGCGCAGCUUAGUUCUUUUAAAUUAAAUGAAGCACUAUUCAGUGUGAGACAAUAUGAAGCCUUCCUUUGCAUCCUUCUGUCUGAUGCAAUUACAAGUGCUCAAGAAGUUGAAAAGAUGAAUGUGCAGUUUGCAGCAACAAUGGAGCGGUUGAAAAACACAGUGCAGAAUAAGGUUUCCAUAGAUACCAAAGAAGUUUUUCCUCUCUUUGUUGCGCUUUCUAACCUCUGGACCGGCUUUCAGGAUGAGAUACUACUGCUAAGCUUCCUCACAAAUAUGACUAACAAUCUCCAACAGUUCUCGGAAAUCCAAUCACAGCUUUUUCCUGAGGAAGUCCUAACAUCUCUUGUGGAAGGAGUGACUGUGAAAAGUGAUGAGGAAAGGAUAAAAGAAACCAUGGGAACCAGAGUGAAUGUUUCUGAUUUCAAGAACCGAGAAUGGCUUUUUCCAGAGACUACUGAUAAUUUUGAUCAGUUGCUAAUCCAGUACCAUGGUUUCUGUGCAUAUGCAAUUGGUGUGAAAGGCCUCACCCUCCCAGGAAAUCCUGCUAUUGGAAUUUUGAAGCACAAGGAGAGAUGUUAUGUUUUCAGUUCCAAAGAAGCCGCAUCCAUCUUUGCUCAAGAUCCAGAUAAGUUCAUUCAACUGAAUGUAGAAAAAGCAAAAGAACAUGCAGAGCUUAUUCAACUGCUCGAGCUUCAUCAUCAGUUUGAAUACCUUACUCCAUAUGCACAGGCCAGAAAUGCAGACAAAUGUUUGAUGAAACCAACCACAAAAUGUGACAUUAGUACUCAAACUGAUACUCAUAUCUUGCCUCCAACUAUUGUGACGUCCUAUGAAUGGAAUGAAUGGGAACUGAGAAGAAAAGCUAUAAAAUUGGCCAAUUUGCGCCGCAAAUUAACUCAUGCCAUGCAGACUGAUCUCAGCCAUAUGAGAAGAGAGAACUCCACCCAAGUGUACUUGCCAAAAGAUGCUUGCACCCAGACGAAGCGUGACAACUCAAGCAAUGUACCCCGACCACAGACUUUCUUGGACGGUCUCCGAGGGGGAUCAUCUCCUACUACUCAUAUGGUCAAAGUAGACUUAACAAGAGCAGUAGAUGAAACCUGA